AUGUAUCUCACUCCAGCAAACACGGCAUCUCUCCUCAUCACCGCUUUACUUAUCCUCUUCAGCUCUACCGUAUCUGCUCACUCCACCAACACUGACUUCUCCACCUUCGAACACACUUUUUGUAACGGGGCAAAAGGUAAUGUGCCCAUCGUUCCUGCUAACACUUUUACUCAUAUCGUUCCUCGUGGCUUAGGAGAGAUCGACUGCUCAAGACUACGACCAGCGAAAAUCGACAAGCACAUCUGCUACCUUGGAUACCAAGCUGCCAUUCGUGACGGCGACGUGAUAGUCGAUCUCUCCGUCUGGAACUCAAACUGCAACAAGAUCGGCUACGCAACAUUCAUUCCCCCCAACGGAAAGUUCGGCCUCAAGUCGCAACUCCAAUACCUCGCCGUUGCGAAACUAAGUUCCAAGAAUUGGGAGAGACCUCCAUCUGUUGAUUACGCUGGCAGACAUUUUGCUAGUAAUUCUGAUGAAGCCGCUGAGGAAUAUCGCUCUCAGUGCUACUAUCCUGAUGAGAAUAAUCCCCAUUACAAGCCUGAAUUACGUAAGGCGGCUAUAAACUGCCUUGUUCCAUUUGGAUGUGAGUGGUGGGUCAACUAG